UGUGUUUUUCCAAUUGUGGAUGGAUAUUCUUCUCUAUAUCAAAGCUUUGAUUUUUAGAAAAAAAAUUUUUUCCAAUUUUUUUCUCUCAAAAUUAGUCAACAAUAAAUACACACCUUCACAAGCCGUUUGCCGACUACCGACUUUUUUAGAGAUAAAAUUUUGGAAAAAUUUGUGCAGCUGUCAGGGAAUAUAUAAAAAUUAUUUUAAUAAUUAUAUUUAAUUUUUGGGGGAGUAGAGAAAUAAAAUAAUAAAUAAUUUUUUAAGACGAAAAUACAGUGGAAAAAGAAGAGAUUUUCUCUAACGCCAGAGAAAAGGGUUCUCUAAAGUGAGGAAAAAUUUUAAUCAAAAAUUUUUUACAUAAUAUACAAUUUAUCAAUUUUUAUUCGCGUAAAAUUAAAAUCACCGGACAUACAAAAAAAUUAAUUGGAAAAUGCAUUAAGAAUAUUAAAGUCGAAUCUCAUUAUAAAAUACACCCUUGUGGUGAAAAUUACCUUAUAGUGGGGUACCCUAAAUUGUGGGUAUUUCUAGAGAAAUUGGGGGUAACUCUUAAUUUUGAGUU